AUGAUGGAGUUGCAGCACGCUGGCAAAGGCGCAGCUACACCACAGCCCACCACAGCCCACCGCACCGACGACACCGACGGCGACGGCGGCGGAUAUCCCGACGGGGGCUUCCACGCGUGGUCCGUCGUGCUCGGCGCGUGGUGCGCCAUGUUCCCCUCCAUGGGGCUCCUCAACACGCUCGCCGUGCUCGAGGCGUAUCUCGGCAUGCACCAGCUGCGGGAGGUGCCCAGGACGCAGUCGGCGUGGAUAUUCAGCUGCUACGCCUUCUUCCUGUACUUUUGCGGCGCGCAGGUCGGGCCGGUGUUUGAUGCGUAUAAUGUGCGGAUCGUGACGGUCACGGGCUCGGUCGGGAUGGUGGCGGCGUUGGUCUUUCUGAGCUUCUCAACGGAGUUUUACCAGAUUUUGCUCUCGUUUGGCGUGCUAGGCGGCAUGUCAGCCUCGCUGCUGUUCAAUCCGAGCUUGGCGGCCAUCGGCCACUGGUUCGCCAAGCGACGGGCCUUUGCGACGGGCGUGGCCUGCACGGCCGGCGGCAUCGGCGGCAUCGUCUUUCCGCUGGUCAUCUUGUACCUUGCGCCAACGGUCGGCUUCCCGUGGGCGAUGCGCGUCAUUGCGCUGCUGUGCGCGGUCGUGCUGGCGGUGGCGUGCACGACGCUGCGCAAGCGCCUCCCGGACAACAAGCGCGCCGGCGCGGCCAUUGACCUCGUCGCCUUGAGGGACGCCAAGUUUGCGGCGACGACGCUCGCGAUAUUCCUCGUCGAGUUUGCCGUGUUCAUCCCGUAUACUUACAUCUCGUCCUACGCGCUGCACGCGGGCAUGUCCCCGCAGCGAGCCUAUCUCCUCAACGCGCUGCUCAACGCCGGCGCCGUCCCGGGGCGCGUGCUGCCUGGCUACGUGGCCGACCGCUUCGGCGUGUUCAACACCAUGUGCGCGACCUCCAGCACAUGCGCAGUAUUCAUCCUCGCGCUGUGGUACACGGCUGGGGGGGACGAGGCCGCCGUCACCGCGUUUGCCGUCAUCUUUGGCUUCUGGUCCGGGGCGGCCAUCAGCCUCACGCCCGUGUGCGUCGGGCAGGUGUGCCGGGUGGAGGACCUGGGCAAGCGCAGCGGAACGGCGUUUUUCGCGGCGAGCUUUGGGACGCUCGUCGGGGUGCCGGCGGCGGCGGCGGUGCUGGAGAGGGAUGGCGGGGAGUAUGGUGGUUUGAUCGUGUUUGGCGGUGCGUUUUACUUGUCGGCGUUUGCGGCGUUUCUGCUGGCCAGAGGCGUUGCGGGCGGGUGGACGUGGCGGAGGUUCUAG